CUGCCCAGCACUGAGUUUCCUGUUCACAGUUCCCCAGAUUUGUCACUGCUGAAGGAUUAAAGCCCCGAGAGCCUCUGACACAGGCGUCUCCCAGAGCCCACUUUCUCUGGGUUGCCUGACAAGAUGUGAGCUGUUACUCGCGUGUGACACAGAUCUGACCCCAAGCUCUCUCACAGAGGGAGAGAAGAAUUCACUAUGUCUUCCGGGGCUGGCUUCAAACUUCACUUUUGGUUUUAACAACCAGCCUGAAGCUAGCAGGCUUCAUCAGAGGGGAGAAACCCUUUGGGGCUAUCCUGAGCAUUUCCAUCUCUGCCCAGACCAGCCGUCUCCAAUCCCUCGAAGAUGAAGAGCCCAGAAGGUGGACACGGCCCCUAAAGUUGGUGAUGCCCCCCUGAGAAGCAGGACCCCUUGGCACAGGACACAGAGCUGUGUUGCCUGCCCCUGGCCCUCUCAGCCUGUUCUCAUCGACAGCUGAUGCCCCCCUCCUCAGCUCCAGGAGAAUAUGAAAGUGUCACUCAGAGUUGUCUAUUUCAUGGCACUGCUGAUGUCUUUGGAGGCUGAUAAAUGUGCUGAGCGUGAAGAUCGAAUAAUUUUAGCUUCAUCUGCAAAUGAAAUUGCUGUUGGAGCCUGCAAUCUUAACCCAGGUGAAAACUUAGGUCCCGUGAUUUGGUAUAAAAAUGACGGCAAGACGCCUGUAUGUGUGGAUCAAAACUGCAGGAUUAAUCAGCAGAAAGAAAAGCUUUGGUUUGUUCCUGCUAAAGUAGAGGAUUCAGGACAUUAUUACUGUGCUGUAAGAAAUUCAACUUACUGCCUCAAAAUUAAAAUAACUGCACAUUUUAUGGAGAAUGAGCCUAACUUGUGUUAUAAUACACAAGUUAUAUUUAGACAGAAACUACUCAUUUCAGGAGAUGGAAGACUUGUGUGCCCUCAUUUGGAUUUUUUAAAAGAUGAAAAUAAUGAGUUCCCUGAGGUACAGUGGUUUAAGGAUUGCAGACCUCUACUUCUCGACAAUGCACAUUUUAUUGGAGUCCGAAACACUCUGCUUGUAAAGAACGUGGCUCCGGAGCACAGAGGGAACUAUACCUGCCAGGCGCCGUACACAUACCUGGGGAAGCGGUAUCGUAUCUCACGGACAAUACAGUUCCUUCCUCUCGAGGAAAACAAGCCCGACAGACCUGUGAUUGUGAGCCCCAAGAACGAGACUGUGGAAGUGAACUUGGGAUCCAAGAUCCAGUUGAUCUGUAAUGUCACAGGCCAUUAUACUGACUCUGUCUAUUGGAAGUGGAAUGGGUCAUUCAUUGACUCUGAUGAUCCUAUACUGGUAGAAGACUAUUAUUAUUUGGAAAAUUCUUCAGCCAAAAACAAAGAUAUAGUCAUCGUAAUGCUUAACAUUUCAGAAGUCAAAAGUCUGUUUUAUCUACAUCCAUUUACCUGUGUGGCCAGGAACGGCCAUAGUAAUGAGGCAGCAUAUAUCAAGUUUAUACAUCCAGUCCCUGAUUUCCAGAAGCACGUGAUUGGAAUAUUUGUCACACUGACAUUUAUAAUUACAUGCUCAGUUUUCAUCUAUAAAAUCUUCAAGGUUGACAUUGUGCUUUGGUAUAGAGAUUCCUGCUAUGAUUUUCUCUCCCAAAAAGCUUUAGAUGGAAAGAUCUACGAUGCUUAUAUACUGUAUCCAAAGACCCUCACAGAAGGGUUCACCUCAAGCUCAGAUAUUUUUGUAUUUAAAAUCUUGCCCGAGGUCUUGGAAAAACAGUUGGGAUAUAAACUGUUCAUUUAUGGAAGGGAUGACUAUGCUGGGGAAGACACUGUUGAAGUCUUUAAUGAAACCAUACGGCAGAGCAGAAGGCUGAUCAUCAUUUUAGUGAGAGACAUAGCAGGUUUCAGCUGGCUGGGUCACUCGUCUGAAGAGCAAAUUGUGAUGUACAAUGCCCUUAUUAAGGAGGGAAUCAAGGUUGUGCUGGUCGAGCUGGACAAAAUCCAAGACUAUGAGAAAAUGCCAGAGUCCAUUAAAUUUAUUAAGCAGAAACAUGGAGUCAUCCGAUGGUCAGGGGACUUGAGAGAAGGAGGACAAUCUUCAAAGACCAGGUUCUGGAAGAACAUCAGGUACCAUAUGCCGGCCCUGCCACUGUCGCCUGCAUCCCAACAGCAGUUACUGCCCCAACCCAGCAGGCAGGACUCUGUGGAGACACUGCAGAAAGAACUUCAUUUGCCGCUCAGGUAGCUGGGAGCAGCCUGGCCAGGAGUUCUUUGGUGCCUCUUGUCUUGUGGUGCUGCAGGAUGGGCUGCACCUCCUGCCAACUUCUGUGGUCAUGCGAUGGACCUGUCUGGUCCCUUGUCCACAGGGUCACCUGGAGUCAGAUUGUUGAGGGUGCAGGACUUGGUGACAGUAGCAGCCCAGCAUGAUUCAGAGCAGCGGUGUGGGCCUUGUUGAAGGGUGAGCAGUGCCCUCUCCUUCUCCAGGUGCCCAAGUUGCCAAAAUGAUGGAAAACUGGAAGAAAAAGCAUGCAGGGCAGGGCUGCCCUCUGGACACAGAUUUAUGAAGUUAUCCGCAGCCACACUGGGGACAUUGCAGGAUCACUGGGCCUGAGUUGCUGUCCUGGGCCAUGCUGUUGGUGAAGUGUGACUCUUAGCUCGUGGAGGAAGGCAAAUGUGUUCUUGGAGAACUUUCCAUGCUUUACAUUUUCCAUACUCGUCCAGAGCCAACAGUCAGUUUCCAAGACCAGAUUUUAUGCACAGUGGUGAAAACUGUCAUUUCAGUGAAAAAGGGAUUUUCCAGGAUCCCAAGGUUGUGAAAUCACCACCGCUUUCUUCAGAAGAGAAAGGAUCUGAAAGUGGUGGUGGCUGGGUCUAACCUCCUCCUCCACUCUUCCUCCUGCCCUCCCCAGAGCCAACAAAAGCCUGUCCUUCCUUCUUCUUGCACAUUUCACUUGGCUCCUUGUUUCUUUGCAAAGACGUCUCUGCAGGGGCUUCCUCCCUCUGCUGUGUCACUAAGUACAGCACUCUCUUGCCUCCUGGUCCCUGUUGACACCCCUGUGAUGCUCAGCUGAGGAGUCAGGGACAGACUGUCCCACUACCAGUGUCACCCCACCCCUAGUGUCACCCACCCCCAGCUUCUCUGUCCCAUCCUUACCAGCUUCCCCCCACCAACCUGCCCAUGAGCCCCAGCUGAGCUGUGGGCUUUGCAUCUGCCCCUUGGUGUGGUGAAUGGAACUGUUCCUUGCAUGGGCUCCAGCUGACCAGGAGUCUACCGAAAUGUGGGCGCUUUGACUUCAGCACUGUAGACCCAGCAGGCUUCCCUUCAAGACAUCCCAUUGUCCCUCCUAUCCCUCUGCUAGUGCUACCCGGUGGCUCUCACUCUAGCAGGGGAUGUGGGGGCCUCUCUCUGUCCUUCAUUUCCUUCCACAAACAAUUUGCACAUAUAACAUAGAUUUCUGUAGUGGCUCACUGUUUAAAAAUAUUUUCUAGUAAUUGUAUUUAAUUUUUUAAGUAUUCUAAUUUUAUAUAUAUAAAAAAGUGACCUAUGUUUAAACAAACAAUCAAAAAAACUCAUUUCCACUGGCUCAAGGACUUGGGCCUUCCUCUCUGGCUUCUCAUCUAGUGCUCUGAAUACUUGAUUUCCAACCAUUAACUGUUCCUUCCCUGCACUUUAGUGCUCAUGUGAGAAGAAAUGGUCAUUUCCCAGGAGGUAUCAGAGCCCAGGAAUGUUUUUAUGGAAAAAAAAUUUUGAAACUUUUACAUGUUGGAAUUUAUGAAAAUGUUUAGGUUUUAUGAAGAGCCUUUUUAUUUUUAUAUAUUCUUUCCCUAAAAGGCCUAAAGGUAACUAUUUCUUAGCCAAUUAAAAUUAAAAGCAAAUUGGGAUUUUAGGUGUAGAAGUAAAUUAUUUUUUAAAAUGUGACAAUCCUGAGGGUAAUGAGAGCAACUCUAGUUACGUGAACUCGAAGAAGUCAAGUUCAUGAACUACUUAUCAGAAGACUCACACACGGUUUUAGAAGGUUAGAACUGGGGACAAAAUUGGCCAGAGAGUAAGGGGACAUGGGGCCAGCCAAUAAUUAUGAAAGCCUAGCAUCUGGGGUUUAGGCAAGGACAAGAAUCAAGUGAUCAGCCUGGGUGAAGGAUCUCAAACAUGUAUUGUUCAGCAUCGGGCGAUUCCUGAGAAUGAAGCUCCAUUUCUGCCCUGUGAAUUUUCUUGGAGUUAUCAUCCCUCAAAAACAAAAACAGAAAUAAAACUACCCUUUUUUUUUUUUUGGUACCAGGGAUCGAACUUGGGUCCUUGUGCUUGUGAGGCAAGCAGUGGAACCACUGAGCUAAAUCCCUGGCCCUAAAACUACCUUUUAAAAGAUCUUCCUUUCAUGCUUUUCCCAUUAGUUGGAUUUUAUAUUGCACUUUCUGAUGGUAUUUUCUAAAAAGUCAGCCGAAGAGUUGAAGAAAUGUUUGGAAAUCCAAUGAAGCAUUUAAUUACUAGUGGUUAAACUGGCUUAGCAGAACUUAUAUUUUCUCUUCUACCUUUUAAAAAAAUUUUACUUGCAAUACAAGAAAAAGUAUUGAGCCGUUUUUAAAAUGACUUUUUUAUUAAUUAAGUUUAUUUAUUGGUACAUUUUAGGUAUACAGUUACAUUCGUCAUUGGGAUCUUGUACCUUUACAUGAUGUAUCUUGGUUCUUAUUUUUUCCCCAUUCCCCGGCCCUCCCUUCACCCCCUAUACCCUUCCCUAUUUACAAAUAAUUUGUUUCCAUUUUUUUUCCUUAAAUGUAUAAUUGAUAUUGUGAAAUAGGAAGAAAAGAUCUAAAGGAAUAGGGGAAAUGGGAGGGAUAGGGGAAAGGAAAGAAGGGAAAAGAAAAAAUAUGAAAAAAAAUAAAAUGACAUUUUUGAUAAAUUAUGUUUGUACUGGUUAACAAUGAAGGGUUUUUAAAAAACAAAACUUGUUUGUAUAAUUUUUCACAGAUGCCAAGUAUUUUUGUAUCUUAAAACACCAAAUUCCCAUACAGUGUGUAUCUUCCAUAGACUACUUGUUUUCCAAUAAAACUGUGACACCCGGUGUUGAAUAUUGUUGGGAACCCA